AUGUGUUACGAAGUCUUUGAUAAAAUUUAUCGAAUUAUUAUCGAUUUCAAUGAAUCUCAUGAUGCUUUUGUGAAACAUAUUGAAAAUGAAUUAUCAAAAAUAAAAGGAAAACAAUUGAUAUUAAUUAGUCUUGUUGAUGAAUGGGGAAAAGAAAAUAUUCUAAAUGAUGCUUUUUUUGAGCAUAUCAUCAAAUAUAAUAGUCCGUGUUUAUCUUAUGUUACAUUCGAUUUUCAUGAAUAUUGCAAGGGUCUUCAGUUCGGAAAUGUAAUGACACUUUUACAACAUCUUGAUGAAAAACAUUUCUUACGAGAAAUGCGAUUUUGCUGGAUCAAUACAGAGACGAAUGCGUUACUAAGUGAACAAAUUAGUUUAUUUCGCAUUAAUUGUGUUGAUUGUCUUGAUCGAACGAAUGUUGUUCAAGCAGCCAUCGCCAAGACUAUUUUAGAGAUUAUGUUAAAAAAACUUGGUCUAUUAGAUUUUGAUGAAAGUGGUCUUCGUGAUUAUCCAAGAACAAUUUUUCAAACAAUGUGGGCAGACAAUGGUGAUGCUAUCAGUAGACAAUAUGCAGGAACUGAUGCUAUGAAGGUAAGAAAACAAAGUGAAAAAUACAAUAUUCGAAAUUAG